GGAUCAUAAGUGCCUACCACACUGCACACCCAUCCAUCCAUGCUGCUUAUAAAAUUAUGAGACGUUCGUUCGUGAACGAACUAGUCGCAGUCUGACUCGGCCAAGCUCUAGUUCUGCAAGAUUUUCUCGUUUUUCACGGCUGUUUGCACUUAUUCGCGAAGAUGCCCAAAGCCGGAAAGACUAAGGUAGCUGCUAAGUCUGUGAAGCUGAUUCAUCCCCAGAGCAGAAAGGCUAACAAGGUCGGUGCAAGAGAGAUUCAUAAAGAGAGAGUCAGGAAAGUUCAUCAAGAGACUUCAUUUAAGAACUCUGUUCUCAUUGAGAAGUUGAAGUGGUUUCAAGAUGCAUUAGAUCCAGAUAAAACAAACUACAGCAGAGCUGAUGCUGAGGAGAUAGUAGAAAGGUAUCUAGAGAGAUUUGAAGAAGAACUAGAGCAAAUAUCAAUUGUCAAUAGCAUCAAAUCAAGAAGUGGAAGGCAACAUGCCACUAGAGAAGAUGUUAUCAAACAAACGAUGAACAGAGAAGAAGAACAGUUCAAUACUUGUGGUUUUGAAAUUCCAGACAUCUGUGACGGAAAAAACCUGAAGCUCUUUCGUUUAUGGGAUGGAAGCCCUAAAUUCCUUGGAAAUAUCAAAAUGAGGAGGAUUGUGAGAACUAUUCCUGACCUAUCAGACUUUGGUUCACAAUCAACGAAUUCACAUGGAUUGGUUGAACGUGGCCAAGAACUUGAUAAUGAGAGAGUGGAUGAACAGGGAGGUGAUCACCAGGGUCAAGGGGAUGACGAUGGGGACGAUGACGAGGGGGUCGAGGAUGAUUUGUUGGACAGCAAUGAGGAAGAGAUGGAAGAUGAAAGGAACGAUAGUAAAGAAGAUGAAGGGGUAGAAAGUCUUUGAAUGUCUCGCAAGAAAUAAACAAUGGAGUUGCCGUGACAGGGGACUGAAUUAUACUCAAGGUCCUUAACGAAUAUGUUGAAGAAUCAUCAUCAGAGCAUUAUCAGUUUGAGAACAACAAUCAUUUUAGAUCAAUGCUUAUAUAAUGAAGUGUCAAUAAUGGUCAUUUUCACAGCUAUGAAACCAUUUUUAUUUCUUUAUAUACUCAAUGUAUUGUCUAGGGAAACUAAACUACGAUUUUAUUUGAUUUCUGUAUUAAUUACUAUACAGAUCAUUCAUCAUUUUCCGCGUACUCAUCAACAAGGUCAUUUUAAUACCUUUAAGAAGUAAAGGAAAUAUAUUCAAAAUGUAUCAUAAAUCUGUAAAAGCAGUUGAUCAAAAUUAAUCAAUGUGUUCGGAUGAUUUUGAUAUUCAGAAUUCAUUUUAAACUACAGGUAAAUUUGCUUUUGUAAGUCGAAAAGUGGAGCGUUGUGGCCCAGUGGAUUAGUCUUCUGACUUUGAAACAGAGGGUCGUGGGUUUGAAUCCCAGCCACGGCGUAAUUUCCUUCAGCAAGAAAUUCAUCCACAAUGUGCUGCACUCAACCCAGGCGAGGUGAAUGCGUACCCUGCAGGAUUAAUUCCUUGAAUGCAUGAGUGCUGAAAGGCAGCUCGAGCUAAAGCUGGGGUAAUAAUAAUAACAACGCACCUCGGAAUGGAAUAUUUCUAGAUAGAUGGUGCUAUAUAAAUGCCUAUUAUUACUAUUAUUCUAUUUGCCCAGGUUGAAGCAAUGCUUUGCACCAAAUUAUUUGUCUCUUGAUAUUAAAGGACAAGUCCACCCCAACAAAGAGUUAACUUGAAUAAAAACAGAAAAAUCCAGUGAGUAUAAACUGAAAAUUUCAUCAAAAUUGGUUGUAAAAUAAAAAAGUUAUGACAUUUUAAAGUUUCACUUAAUUUCGCCAAACAGUUAUAUACACAUCCUGUUCGGUAUGCAAAUGAGGGGACUGAUGACAUCACUCACUCACUAUUUCUUUUGUAUUUCAUUAUAUGAAAUAUGAUUUAUUCCCAUUUUCUCCUCAUUGCCCUUGAAACAAAGUUUCAUUCCUCCCUGAACACGUGGAAUAACCAUCGCCUUAACAUUUUAUGGUUCAGUCAAGUUGGUCCUUAUUGUCAAAUCUGUUGAAAUUGAAAUAUUCUAUAUUUCAAACAAUAAAAAACAAAAGAAAUAGUGAUUGAGGGACAUCAUCGACUCUCUCAUUUGCAUGUUAUUGAGUUGUGCAUAUAACUGUUUUGUGAAAAAUAAGCGAAACUUUAAAAUGUCAUAACUUUCUUAUUUUACAUCCGAUUUUGAUGAAAUUUUCAACGUUAUAUUUGUUUGAUUUUUCUCUAUCAAUUCAAAUCAACAUUUUUAUAGGGUGGACUUGACCUUUAAAGUUGUCUAUUGUUUAGGCAGUGUGGACAACUGUCAAGGUGAAUCCUAGAGGUAUAUUGCUGGAUUUAAAAAAGAAUCUUUUGUACACAAUCAAGGAUUCUUGGUAUUACUUUGUGAGACUCUUAAAUUUUAUGCCUUUCAGACUACAUUUUCUUCACCCCCAUCUAUCUUUUUUUAAGACUGUCUUUCAUAACCCAACAGUAAUUUGCUGUAAUAGCUUGGGAAACAAGCUAUCAAUCCGGGACUACCGCACAGCUCAUGAAUAUUGAUGAUUUUGCCACACAGCACGCAUUUGACAUGAAAUUUCGACUUCUAUGAUUUGUGGUUUCAGACUUCGGCUCUUAACACUGCAAUCGCUCGGCUAAUCCUGCUUUUUAACAGGGUCAGAUCAUACUUUGCCAUUUUCCGUGCUAGCCCACUUUGGUAAAAGGUAGUCUGAAAUCGAAUUUGGCUAAGCUUGACCCCAGGAAAAUGAUGGAGCUAAGAUCUACUCCCCCCAUACACGCACACACUUUUGAGCCCCACAUAUUUCCCAGGGUUAAGGAAAAUUUCUGUAGUCUGAAGUGUAUUUAUGUUGCUUUAAGCUUCUUUAGACUGCAUGCUCUUUAUCUAAAGCUGGAGACAAGUUUGACUGUGUGUUUGAAGAAGCCUAUAGUAACAUGGUAGUAUCACAUGGUAACUUACCUUGGUUUUUUUUGUGAUUCAGAUUUUUUUUCACAUGCGAGGGACUUUCAUCUAUCCUCUUGAAAUAAUUUUUUUUUUUUUCAGUCAAUUAUGUGGAAAAAACAUGCUUUGUAUUGCUGUUACAAUGAGCAAUGGAUGAAAUAUAAAAAGUAUAUAUACUUAC